AUGGCAGGUCAUGGCCGCGUUCUCGUCGCUGCUGCAGCGGCGCUGUGCGGCGGCCUGGCUGGUGUCGACGCGUCCGUUGCAUUCAAGAUGACGCGCCUGACCACAACACACGAGGAAAUGUUCCUCGAGACGUUGAAAGCCGAUCGCGACAGCGGCGGCGCGGCCAAAACGACCCUCCUUCUUGGCCAGGGGGUGCAUUCGGUCGAAGCGUUCUUUGGCGGACAACCGCGCGUCCUGAUCGUGGACACGGGCAGCGCCGACACGGCGUUUCCGUGCUCGGACUGCCACGGUUGCAGCGACAGCCACCUAAACACUUUCUACCGCUUCACCAACACCUCGACGUACGUCUCAUGCAAAGACAAUGCGGCGUGGGGGUUGACUGCAUGCAAAUCGUGCACGACAGACGACAAGUGUGUGUUUGCAGAGCAAUACGUCGAAGGCAGCGGAUGGGAAGCAUUCAAGGUCAAGGAUUUGUGCUACUUUGACGAGAAUCGAGACGUAGUCGCAGACGUUGUAUUUGGGUGCAUGCAUUCGGAGAGCGGGGCGUUCUUGAACCAGGAAGCGGACGGAAUCAUGGGCAUGUCGAGGGACCCGGACGCGCUGUUUGUGCAGUUCUUUGACCAUGGCGCGACCAAGAUGAAGGGAUUUUCGCAGUGCAUUUCGUCAACGGGAGGUCACAUGGUACUCGGCGGACUCGACGCUUCCGUCCACAACCCUGGUGCCGACAUGGUGUUCACGCCACUUCGGGCGACGGGGUAUUCGUACUGGACUGUCUCGAUGGAGUCGCUCGCUGUGGACGGCGACAUCAUCGACGUCCCGAGCACCGUGUACAACCAGAACCGUGGCUGUGUCUUUGACAGCGGUACGACGUUUGUGUACUUGCCUAGCGCGGCCGCAGAUGCCUUUCAAGCCAAGUGGGCUGCUGCUGUCGCGGCUGCUGGCCUUGACGCAGCCACGUUUUCAACGUACCGAGAAGGCGGCGAAUACGUCGUGCGGUCGCCGAGCGUGCUCCUCAAGUUCCCGACGCUGUCGUUCAAGUUUGCCAACGAUGCCGUCAUGCAUCUCCCCCCGACGCAGUACAUGGUGAGCAACGGAGGCACCACGUACACCGCGACGGUGUUCUUUCAGGAUUUUGCCCAUGCCACCAUCAUCGGCGCCUCCAUGCUGGCCAACCACAACGUGCUCUACGACAUGGCCAACCAUCGCGUCGGGUUUGCCCCGGCCGACUGCGACACGGACGUCGUCCAUGGAGCGAUGGCGCUCUUGGUCACGGAUGUCGGCGGCGACACGUUCAUACCGGAAACAACGUGGAUGCAGUGGCUGCUGCAGCUGCCGAGUGUGGCAGGGUUUGUCCUGGGCGUUGUGGUGUUGUAUGUAGCGAAGGAAGCGUGGGAUGCAGUCGGCAAGUUUGUUGGCCGUGACAAGGCGGUGUUUGUCGCGGCGGACACCGCCUGCGGCGAUAAUGACGAAGAAGCCGGCGCCGUCCAACCCUCCACCCGGACGACGUUUGUGCUGCUAUAG